CCCGCCAUUCUCCUCUCCUCGGCUUCUGCGUCGACGCACUCCCGCCACUUGCUUCGGGCGGGACCGGGACGCGGCGAUCUUGCGCCCUGCCACGCGGCUGCAAGGCGACUCGCCGUUGAGCGGGAGCGGCUUUUAUCGAGGGAACCCAAUGUCGACACUGUCGACGAGAAUGGCGAGCGUCGGAAAUGCCAUGGGGGCCGCGGCAUGCCGCGCGGCAGUAUCGAGGGCGACGGUUUUGUCGUCGUCGUCGUCCUGCGCGCCAAGCGCCGCACGAUCGGCAUCAGGAUCGGUGCUGCUGGGCACCGGCGACGUAGCGUGCUGCUUGGCACAGGUUGCUGGCGAUGGCUCAGCAUCCCGCGCAAGGUCAGCCGCGGGGGCGACCAGCGGCUGUGCUCAUGCCACGUGGCUAGCGCGGCGGCAGCACGUGCAGACAUUCCCGCCGCCUGUCGUGAGUGGCGUGGUGCGCGGCCGUCAUGAGAACUGCCGUGGCGGAUGGAUCGCCGAAGAACGAGGGGAAAGCGUGGCAGGAGGAGGAGAGGGACGUGGAGGCUUCAGCGUCAGAGGGGGGACCACCGCAGGUCGGCUUCGAGGGGGUGUGCACCGAGAUUGCGCGAUGAGGGCGGGGAUUAGAUGCCGCAGCAGCAGCAGCGGUGCCAGCGGAGGGGGCAAGGAGGAUACGACGACGAGACUGAUGGGCUUGAUCGCAGAAAAGAAUGCACAGAAUCCUGUUGUCGUCUACUCUAAAACCUGGUGCCCUUACUGCGCUGCAGUCAAGGGGCUGUUUACGAAGCUAGGGGUGGAGUUCAAGCUGGUAGAACUGGAUGAGUUGGUGGGCGAAGAGGAUUGGCAAUACGCGCUGAGUCAGCUCACUGGGCAGAGGACUGUGCCAAGUGUCUUCGUGGGGGGUGAACACAUUGGAGGGUGUGACAGCACGAUGGAGCUGCAUGAAAGUGGACAAUUAAUGGACCGGCUCCGCGAGGCCGGGGCAUCGAUCGCUUCCGCUUAGUGCAGUUUCACCCCUCGCAGCCGCACGGCAUAUUUCACUUCCCCCUCGCCUUCCCCACCUUCCCCCGCCUUCCCCCCGGCCCCUUUCCUACCCCUCUGCUUUCCCCACGCGCCCACCUCGUCUCCCCUCCAUCCUCCGCUCCCCUGCCCUCGUUCUCUGUGUUUGCCUCUCUGUAGAUCGCUCGCUCCCCUCGCGGUCUUCCCUCCCUCUUGGUCUUCCCUCGCUCCCUCCCUCCCUCCUCCUCCGUCUGCCGGUCAAAUGCUGUUGCGUUGUCCCUAUCCUGUUAGCAUUCGCCGGGCACCGGAAGUCUCGCCGCGCCGUUCAGCUUUCCAGCUUUGGCGCGUAUAUGAUUACCUUCCCUCCCAGCUACUUCGCACUCUCCUCGCUCAGAUUGUAGGUAGGUAUGGCUUUCGCAUAACCCGACAAGCGGCCAGUCUCUUAAGCCGACCAGACUGCGGAUUUUCUGUGUACGUUUUCCCCGUCCCCCGUCCGUUGACCCAAUUCUUGGCCUUUUUGUCCGUCGAUCCAAUUCUUGGCGUUUGUGUACAUCCCUCGGUCCUAAUACUUGUUUGUUUUGCAAUGGUUCCUGUAAUCGGCUGAGACACACGCACACACACACACACACACACACAGAGUGAGAGAGAGAGAGAGAGAGAGAGAGAGAGAGAGAGAGAGAGAGAGAGAGAGAGAGAGAGAGAGAGAGAGAGAGAGAGAGAGAGAGAGAGGGGGGGUGAGGGGAGGAGGAGGGGAGGGGAAUGUAGGUGAAAGGUAGUGAGAAGCUAUAAAUCAAGUGAUGGAUUAAUUAGCCGAACAUUCUGUAACCAGUUGGUUGAUCGAUUGAUGAAAAUUUGGGAUUGAAAAUAUUGGCGAAUGGGUUAAGGGGAGGGACUCUUCUUAAAGCAGUGAAUUUCCUUAAUCAAUCAAGAAACCACUUCCGAGAGUAGUCAGUUCACUAAAUCAAUCAAGCAAACGAUU